AUGUUGUUCAAUUCAAUCUUGACAAUUAUUUUGCAUAUUACAAUAGCAUUUGCAGUUCCACAUAAAAGAAGUAAAAAAAAUAAUGAUCCAGCAAAGAAAUAUUUAGUCAAAUCAUUACCAGGUAUGAGUUCAUUACCAAAAGAUUAUGCAAAACCAAUAAUGUAUGCUGGUGAAUUAGAAUUAUAUUCACAAAAUAAAUCAGAUUAUUUUUUUUGGAAAUUUAUUGAUUCUACUAAAACUGAAAAAUCAAAAAAUAUAACUACAUUUUGGUUAAAUGGUGGACCAGGUUGUUCAUCAAUGGAUGGUGUAUUAUUAGAAAAUGGACCUUAUCGAGUUAAUAAAUUAAGGAAAUUAGAAGUAAAUAAUGGAUCAUGGCAUAAAAUUUCAGAUAUGGUAUAUGUUGAUCAACCAGUGGGGACAGGAUUUAGUUUUACUUCAAAAAACCAUUAUGUUCAUGAAUUAGAUCAAAUUGGUCAAUAUUUUUUAAAAUUUUUAGAAAAAUAUUUUGAAAUUUUUCCGCAAGAUUUAAAAAAUGAUUUAUAUUUAUCAGGAGAAUCUUAUGCUGGUCAAUAUAUUCCAUAUAUUGCUUCUUAUAUUUUAAAUAGAAAUGAAAACCUACCAAAUGGUGAAAAACCAUAUAAUUUAAAAAGUAUUAUGAUUGGGAAUGGUUGGGUAUCUCCUGAUGAACAAAGUUUAAGUUAUUUACCAUUUUUUGAAAGUAAAAAAUUAAUUAAUAUAAAAGAUCAAUCAAGUAAUAAAACUCAGUUAGUAACUGAAGAUUAUGAAAAUUGUAAAAAAUUAAUCAGUCAAGAAUCAAAUGAAAAUGAUAAUGAAUUUGAUAGUGAUAAUGAUAUAACUACAAUAGGUGAUGAAAGUAAUGAUGUUUGUAAUUAUUUAUUAAAUGAUUUAUUAUAUUUAACUGCUAAUUCAUCAGCACCUAAAUCAGAACAAUGUAUAAACGUUUAUGAUUAUACAUUAAGAGAUUCUUAUCCAGCUUGUGGAAGUAAUUUCCCACCAGAAUUAAAAUAUACUACUCCUUAUUUAAGACAAAAAUCAGUAUUACUAAAAUUACAUAUACAUAAUGCUCAAAAAUGGCAAGAAUGUAGUGAUACUGUAUAUAGUGAAUUAACUGCUGAAAAUUCAUUACCUUCAGUAUACUUAUUACCAGAAUUGAUUAAAAAAAUCCCCAUAGUGUUAUUUAAUGGAGCAAAUGAUAUUAUAUGUAAUACUCAAGGAGUUUUAAAUUAUUUACAAAAAAUGGAAUGGGAAGGUCGCACAGGGUUUUCAAAUGUUAAUAAUACUUCACCAUGGUUAGUUGGUUCAAAAAAAGCAGGUUGGGUAAUUCAAGAAAGAAAUCUUACUUUUGUGAAUGUUUAUAAUGCAAGUCAUAUGGUACCUUAUUCACAACCUUUAAUUUCAAGAUCAUUAUUUGAUUUUGUAUUGAAUACUUAUUCUAAAAAGAAAAUAGAUGGGAAAAUAAGUUAUGUUUCUACUCCUUUAUAA